ACCAGCUCAGUCUCAGCUGAUCACUAACCGUUGAACCUUAAUGGAUUUGCACUUUCCAGCACUAAUUCAUAACAUCGAUAUAUCGAUAGCAUGCUACAUAACAUUUCUAUAGAAGGAAUAUUUCACAACAGAAUAAUCGGAUAGCUGAAUUGCAGUGCUGCAGUUUGUUCACACAUUUAAGUAAAUGUUAAGGUUCUAGUACUCAAAUAAAAAUAAUGUGCAUAAGGAGUGCGUGUGUGUAAGCAGAAUAGUUAACGCAAUUAUGAGUGUCAGCAUUGUGCAGUACUAUGGGGAACAGACGAGCAAAUGUGGAUACUGCACGGGCACGGACUGUAGCAAAUCGCACGGUAUGCAUGCAUAUCGCUUGACCUGCGACGAUUACCAAGAGCUGAUCGAUAGAGGCUGGCGGCGCUGCGGUAAUUACUGCUAUAAGCCGCAAAACGACAUUACAUGCUGCCCAUGCUAUACGAUUAAGUGCGACGCUCUGGAGUUUAAACUAACCAAGUCCAAUAAACGCAUUUUGCGGCGUAUGAAUAAAUUUUUACGCGAUGGCAAACGUGAGCCAAGCGAGCAGCAGCAACCGACAGCGGGUGAAUCAAAAACCGCCGAUGACGCUGACGUCGGCGUUGGGGUCAAUGCAAGCGACCCUCAGCCACAGCUGCCUGAUAAGAAGCCCUCUGUAAUUAAUGUAGAACAAGUUGAGAACUUAGCAGCAGAAAUGAAAAGCGCGUGCCCUGCUCCAGGGCUGGACGUAACGGCAGGCAAAGGAGAUCCAGCAGCGUCGCUGUUGGUAUCCAACAAAUGUAAAAGUGAGUCCAUUGAUCUUUUUUUAUUAAGCCUUGCAUUACCUAUUAAUUUAUUUAAUUUCAUAGCACUAACCUCCAACUUGAAUCCGCCACGUAAGAAGGCUAAGCAAAUGCGCCUGGAGCGCAGGCAAGCCAAACUGGGCGCCCCGCUUGAACAGCCACCACACACCAAAACGUUGAAACAGGAGAAGAGCUUGAAAGAUUUUCUGGCAGCACCCUGUGAAACUGACAAACAUCAUUUAAAGAUCGUUUUGGUCGCUGCCUCAGAUACACAGCGCACUUGUACUGAUGCAGUACACGCAUUGUAUCGCAAAUAUCAAUUAGUCAUACACAAUGAUAACCCCGCACGCCUAACAUUAGCUAGUAUGCAGCGGUUUUUGGUUAAAUCACCCCUAAAGCACCAAACAACCGAAGAUGCUCCGGACAUGGGAUAUGGCUCAUUUCAUCAUCAAUACUGGCUGGAUGGCAAAUUGAUUGCUGUAGGCGUCAUUGAUAUACUACCUGGUUCAGUUAGUUCAGUAUACUUUUUUUACGAUCCUGACUAUAGCUUUUUAUCGCUGGGCACAUAUGGUUCUUUAAGGGAAAUUGAUUUGGUGCAGACAAUUGCCGAGCGUGUACCCGCUUUGAAGUAUUACUAUAUGGGAUUUUACAUACACUCUUGUCCUAAAAUGCGCUAUAAGGGAAAAUUGUCUGCGUCUUAUUUAUUGUGCCCUGAGACUUAUGUUUGGGUGCCCCUAACCGAUGCCGUACGCUCCAAACUAGAUGUGGAAAAGUAUCAGCGCCUGAAUCCGGAUGCCACAGCAAAGGAUGUGAAUGAGUUUUUGAAUCAGCAUUUAAAUGACGUAAUGCUGCUCCUUGACGCCAAAACCUGCGUCAGUUACAAUAGUUUCGUACAACUUACUGGCGUUGUUGGCGAUCGCGAUGUGAUUAUCGAGUACAGCAAACUCGUGGGUAGAGUGUGUGCACAGCGCAUGCUUUUUGUGAACAUGUCUUGAAUGGCAUAUUGAUGAUGAAUUACAAAUAAUUUCAUAAAUGCACCUUUAUUCAUUAUAUACCACGCAAUUAAGUUAAACGCCUUAGCUAAGUAGUGCAAAAUUAUUUCAUUCAAAUGUAAACUGUUAAAUCUUUGUUAAUAUGUGCGACUACGUUCUUAAAAUUCAGUUAUAUCAUAUAACAAAUAAAACAAGAAAAUGUU